AUGUAUCAACUAGUAAUGAUAUGGCUACUAGUGAUGACGAUACCAACUCGAAAUGCUCUUAAUCAAGGUGAUUCAAUUUCGGCUCCUACUACCGAAAAACCGAUGACCGCUACUUACAAUAUUUUAGCCAUCGACGGUCUCAGGUUUCCUCCGAUGAGUUUAUUUGCUGGUCUCUUCCUUCCAAGGAUUGGCGAAAAUGAAACAGGUUCCAUAUGA